AUGAAAAUAAUCAGAACGGUAUCGUUAGUACGGGCGGUGCUUGACGACGGCGAGGCGCGAAGGAAGAAAGACAAGAAGGCAACAGCUCUGGCGAAAGCGGUUCCGACGAUGACCAAGGUAACCGUGGACGCAACCCGGGCGAUUCGACAGAUGAAGGCCAGGACGCAGCAGCAAACGUUGGAAGCAAAACGGCGGCGCAAGCGGGAGGACUGGAUGACCAAGCCCAUGAAGCGCGAGCCCACCAAAGCUGAACAACAGCAUCAGGAGGAGGAGGCGGAGGAGGAGGAGCGGCGGAAGCAGGCAGCACCGGCCGGGUCCGAAGUCGUGGCGGGCUUGAGGAUUAUGAAGACGACUGACUCAGCGGCGCCGGAGGCAGCAGCCGCGGCCGCGGGGAUGGCUACAGCUCCAGCAAGCGGUGGUGGUGGUGGCGGCGGCGGCGGCGGGCUUGUUGGCGACGGCGGAGCCAGUUGGCGGUUGAAGGCGCUUCGUAGGGCGCAGGAGCAAGCCCGGGCUGAGGGUCGCAGCUUACAGGAGGUGGUGGGUGAGCGGUGGGGCUCCCUGGCGCAACUCACCGGGGCGCUCACCAGCAGUGCGGCGGCGGAUGGCAAGGCGCAUCUGCGGCCAGCGGCGGAGCGCAGACGCGCGGCGGCGGCGGCGGGGGGGGAGGGCGCCCAGCCCGUGGUGCCGCACUACCUGCAGGACGUGCGGGGCGAUGGUGCCAGGACCAAGAUGUUGCGGCCCUCCGAGGACACCGGCUCCCUCAGCUGGAGGCGGGAUAGGGCCAGGGACAGGGACACAGAGCGACCGGGGGCGGGGGCGGGGGAGGGGGACAGGAACCUCUCGGACAAGGGACAACGGGAACGGGACCUCGAGCGGCACGAGGACAGCGACAAAAAAGACGAGCGGGGGAGGGGGAGAGGAGAGCGGGAACCAUCAGCAGGAGCAACAGGAGGAGAAGGAGCAGGAGGAGGGGGGCCCGACCGGGGGGCCCAACGGCAAGGGAGCCGCGAGGGGCGGAUGGACGACCCGGGGGGGUCCGGUUGCCGCCAUGACGGCCGUUACGGCGACCGAGGGUUUCAUAACCCUAGGGUUUCGGAGCGACGGCCCGGGGUCGGAAGUGAUCACCCGGAGGACGUGAAGGCGCCCUGGCGGGAGCGAGAUCGGGAUUGGGACUACUCGGAUCGCGAGCGAGGACGGGCGCGGGAGCGGGAGCGGGCGCGAGAGCGGUCCGGGGGACCUGAUGGCGCGGCCCGAGGUGGAGGUGGUGGACCUCCACGGGGGGCCGCGAGCCGCCCCUCCAAGGAGCAGGCAGCUGCACUACAGCAGCUGGCUGGGUCCCUCAACUCCUUCACCAAUGACGGCUCCUUCCUGGAGCGGUUUAUGUCCGUACAUCAAUUGAGGGGCAAAGAGGAGGGAAAGCAGGGGGUGGAGGAUGCGGGCCCGGGUCCCGGCCCCACCAGCAGCCCUGAGGAAUGGAGGGGGGCAGCUGUAGCUGCACCAGCUGUGGCAGCGGCCCCGGGGGAAAGAGGAGGGGGAGGAGGGGGCGGUGUUGGUAACCGGGGGGUUGCGGCGGUGCCCCCUGCGGGUGGUGGUGCGGAUGCGGGGGCGGGGGCUGGAGGGCAUGGCCGCGGCGGGGGGCGGGAGCCGGGAGCUGUCUCCAACCGCCGGCUGCAUGAGGACGAGGGUGACGAAGAUGAGGAUGAGGAUGGAGGUGACCGGGGGCCUCCGACUGCAGCUGCAUCCAGGCGGGCGCCGCUAUUCGUGGGUAGCGGAGACCCCCCCGAACCCCCCGGUGGGGUUACGGGGGGUGGGGGCAACAAGUCAGCUGCUGAGCUGCUACGCGCCCGACUCAAGGGGCUCCCAGCGCCCUCCCCCCCACCAGCUGCCCCCUCUCCCGCAGUGAAGCCGGAUCCGGAUGGCGGAGAAGGCGGCGCCGGGUUCUCACACCGCAACACCAGUUCCACAUACAGGCUCUGCUUCACUGCCUCUCCGAGCCGUCACGGUGGCGCUGGUCUCGGAGCUGGUCUCGGCAGUAGUGUUGGCGGUCGGGGGGUGGAGGUAGUUCAGUUGCCGCUGGUGGACUCCCGGGGCCGGGCGGUGCGGGGGGCGUUUGGGCGGGAGGCGGCGGGGGCGGGGGCGGGGGCGGGGGGGGAGGGGGCAAGUCGUCGUGGUGGCGGCGGGAAGCCCCCUGAGCGCUACAAUCGACAGACGGGGGAGAAGGAGCGCUACUUUGCGGAUGAUGACAAGGUCGACCUGCAGACCAUGCUCCGUCGUGCAAAGUACGGCGAUGACAACAUGGAUAUGGACGAGCAUUUGGCCGCAAACAUCGCCAAGAAACGGAAGUUUCGGGGCACCGAGCUUGAUGUGGACGCGGAGUACGAUUAUGACGGCGGUUUGGAGUUGUACGAGAGUCGUACCAAGCGCGGCAAUACGGAAGCCCAGCGCAACCGCGAGCGCAGUCGUCAGGUGGCGGAUCUUCGGCGGCAGGCGUCGGCGGAGGCGGGGUGUGCGUUGUGUCUGAACAACCCCAACCGUGCCAAGCACCUGACCAUCGCCCUGGGCACGUGUACCCACCUAAGCUUGCCGUACCGCGGUCGCCUGGUUCGGGGACACUGCGUCAUUGCGCCCUCCGAGCACUGCCCCUCUGUACGGGGGCUGGAUGAGGUGACGUGGACGGAGGUCAAGAACUUCAUCAAGUGCCUCGUACGGAUGUACGGCGCUCACGGCCAGUCGGUCAUCUUCAUGGAGACGUACAUGAUGACGCGAGGGCGAGGGCAUCCACAUGGCUUCCUCGAUGUCGUACCGGUUUCGGAGCGGCAGCUGGAGAAAGCCAGAGGCUAUUUCAAGAAGGCCAUAUUGGAGGCGGAGAGUGAGUGGAGCACCCACCACGCCAAGGCGUGUAUAGAGACGACCGCACAAAAGGGCCUGCGGGAAUCCAUACCACCCAACUUUCCGUACUUCUACGUACAGUUUGGGUACGGCAGCGGGUACGUGCAUGUUAUUGACAACGAGGCCAAGUUCGACCCCAACUUUGGCCGACAGGUCCUGAUCGGGCUGCUGGACCUGCCCCCGGAAAUGGCCUUCCAGCGCCAGAAGCCCGAGAGCCUGGCCACUCAGCAGCAGUGGGUGCGCGAGUUCGAAUCCCAGUGGGACCCAUUCGACUGGACCAGGCAACUGCACCAGGCGGCAUGA